UGGGAAGGCUGAAGAGCGAGCGCCAGAAGGAUCUUUGGAGUGAGGUUACGCUUGUUGUCGCUGCUGUUAAAAGGCUCUGACUUACCUGUGGUGGAGCGAGUUUGAAUGCAGUACUGACGUUGCUCCUGCUGCCACCACCCCCACCGCUCUGCAGGGAGCUGGUGUUGGAAGCAGCCGAGCGGGUACGGUCACGGAUCCGAGCAGGUCGAGCGACGAGGGCGAGGGAUUGGCAGGAGAGACCACUUAUUUUAAGAGUGGAUCGGGGCCACCAGCUUCGCUCGUUAUACCUUGUUUCACCCUGAUUUAAAUGGAUCGCCAUCCGAAUCUCCUCACACUUUGGCUACAGCUGGAACUGUGCGCGAUGGCGAUCCUCUUGUCCAAAGGUGAAAUUCGAUGUUACUGUGAUGCCCCUAAUUGUGUGGCAACGGGUUAUAUGUGCAAGUCGGAACUGUUGGCCUGUUUUUCAAGAUUACUGGAUCCCCAGAAUACAAACUCUCCUUUAACUCAUGGGUGCCUGGACACUAUUUCAACUACAGUUAACAUAUGCCACGCUAAAGGAUCACAAAACCACACGGGGGUCUGGCCCAUGUUGGAGUGCUGUUAUGAUGACAUGUGCAAUUAUAGGGGGCUCCAAGAUGUUCUUUCCCAUCCUCGGAGUGAGAUCUCUGAUCAGGGAAGUCGAUACCAUCAUGACUCCAGCAGUAAGAACCUCAUCACGAGGGUUCAGGAACUCAACUCCUCCAAGGAGCUCUGGUUCAGGGCCGCGGUCAUUGCGGUGCCCAUAGCUGGCGGCCUCAUCCUGGUGCUCCUGAUCAUGUUGGCCCUGCGAAUGCUCCGCAGCGAGAAGCGGCUUCACGACCAGCGGCGGCACAUGCUGUCCCGUUUGCAUUAUAGCUUCCACGGGCACCAUUCCAAAAAGGGGCAGAUGGCCAAGCUGGACUUGGAGUGUGUGGUGCCUGUGACUGGCCACGAGAACUGCUGCAUGACCUGUGAUAAGGUCAGGCACUCUGACCUCAGUAAUGACCGGCUUCUCUCCCUAGUUCACUGGGGAAUGUACAGUGGGCACGGAAAGCUGGAGUUUGUUUGACUGGCUUUCGGCCUGAGCCGCUCAAUGGUUCUAUUCUGUUGGACAAGUGCACUUUAUGUGAAAAGAUAAUCAGAACUUGAAGCUGACAUUUGAACGAAGACUCUAGGUUGAACAAGGGACCUCUGAUUUUAAUAUAUUCUAUACUAGAGUUCUGGCAUGCCUCGCUACGAGUUUCUCAUUUGCACACUUUGUAUAAAGAUGAAUUUGUGUUUCCAGAAACAUUGUGCAUAGCUCAGGGAAGGGUGCAAGAGGAAGAUGGAUUUCUUGAGCUAGCAGAAGUGGAGAAACCGUAUACUUGUGUGCACUCUUGCUCUUUAUAUGUUUCCUGUUCCAAUUGAUUGAAAAGAUGAAAUAUAUUUUUUUCUCUAAUAUUCUGAUAAAAGGCAUCCUGGUUUUAUUGUGCACA